AUGGCAGCACGAGAAUCGGGACGCAUACGGGAGGCCGAUAAAAAGCGCACGCUUGACGAUGCCGCUAGGAAGCGACGUGCGCGAAAAGCUCUCGAGGCACUGGAGCAGGACAAUUUUCACGAAGAUCCCCACGCGGACUUGGUGAUGUCGAAGAAGGUACCCAAGUUUCACGACAGCCUCGAUGGGAGUGGACCGAGUAAGAAGAAAAACCGACGCACCAAGGGGGCCGAGUACUAUCGGGCAAAGUAUCGCAAGACUUUCCCGCAGCUGCUCGAAGAGGACAAAAUGCAGCGCCCGGAACCGCCGAAUUAUUUCACAGCCGCAGCCGGUCCAUCGAAGCUUCCCGAGCGACACUUUUGUGCGGUGUGUGGGUUUCCAUCCAGCUAUACCUGUACGGCAUGUGGGACUAGGUAUUGCUGCGUUCGCUGUCUUGGCACGCACCAGGACACACGGUGUCUCAAGUGGACUGCUUAAAAUAUUCCUAUUUGUGCUGAAAUGUACAGUUAUUAAGUUAGUUUGUAUAAGGGCGAAUGUAGAAUGCCAACGAACGACAGUCGCACGUGUUUCCGUCGGGUUGCCAUAGAAACCCGCGAUGUUUUCAAAACAGUAAUUCAAACAUCUAGUAGUCCAACCGAAAUACGUUCAAAUAUUUUCCGCAUGACUGGUACGACUUUAACUCCAUGAGAUUACCUGCUUGUUGUAUCCUUUCUUUCUCACCAUGGUACCAAUUUGGUAAAAAUAAAACGCUGCUGAAUUCAUGGUCAAAUUUACGUUUAUUUGUAAUUCAUCCUAAAUAUGACAUAAAAAUUAUGCAAUUGUCUAAAUAUCAUUUGUUUCCAUCCAGCGAUCGUUUGCCCUUUUCGAUUUCCUUAAACCCCCCCACAUUGUCGUUAGUGUUCGCCCAAUACAUAAUGAGGAAAUAUGUUGAUAAACUUUAAACCAUACCAUUUAAACAUGAUCUUUCAGUGUGAACAAUUAACAUAGUGAUUUCGCUUAAAUUUCUCCACAUUACGAUUGCCGAUCGUCGAACAUACCGAACAUUCUUUACAUUUCCUAACUAUGCGACAAUAAAUAUCGGAAUGAGUACGAUACACAACACGCAGUGCACUUUUUUCCUUCGAUCUCGCGCCCGCUAUUGAUUUUUAUAUUUUUUCCUAAAAUAUCGAUUAUGCGAUUCAUGUGCUAAUAUAUAAUAUUCCUCGUUCGAAUAAGUGGCUGA